GAUAUAAUCCGGAAUGCCUCGAGUCAAAUCUUCCCUUCACCGGUCUCUUCCCCCUGUCUUGCGAUCCGCACCGCCAGUACAAACCCCCUGUUGACUUCCAACUCCCUCCUUCGUAUCUUUCAUGAGUAGCUCCAGUGUACCUUUCCAGGAGACAUGGGAGCGCUGGACUACACGCGCAACCUCACAGCUAGCGCCCAUCAAGGAGAAGCUGAGGAACACGGCGACUCAGGUUGCCGGUAUCGCCGACACCAUGCAGGAACUGGAGGAUGACAGUCGACAACUGGCGCUGAAAGUCACCUGGGUGACUCAAGUCAUCCUGGAACGUAUCCCGCCUGAUGGCCCAGCAGACGAGAGGGCGAAAGAGGUGGUUCUGGCGCUUGCUACCAAAGUGUCUAAGAUUGACGCCUUUCUUCGUUCGGGCAGAAAGAAGGGUGAUAUGACGGGGAAGAGAGCAAAAAAGGUCAGCAAGUAUCAUAAGAGCCUCGAUGCUCUCCGGCUCCAGCCUUCCCUGGUCGAUAUUCCCCCCACACCAGAGGCAUUUCACGGCAGAGAUGAAGUGGUUGGGUCAAUCGUCCAGCUGCUGCUUCAAGAUAAACCUUCCCGAGUGCCUGUACUUGGCACAGGAGGGAUCGGGAAGACGUCGGUCGCAGUUGCGGCGAUGAACGAUGAGCAGGUCAAGGAGCGAUAUGGAGAGCAUAUGUAUUUCCUCAGCUGUGAAGGCAUCGAUUCCGAAGAAGGUCUGGUAAACGCGCUCGCAGUCUUCUUCAAAAUCCAACGCGACUCCAACAUUCGCACAUCCCUAAUCGCACACCUUUCUUCGCUCGGCCGCGCUCUCCUCACCCUGGACAAUUUCGAGACGACAACACAGUCGGAUAGGCAGCGUGUUCGUGAACUACUUGGACGAAUCGGCCGCGUGCCCUCACUUUCAUUGAUUAUCACCAUGAGAGGCACGCAGCCUGCACAGGGCCUCUCAUGGGAUACCAUGACAAGAUAUGGUGACUGUGGGCCACUUCUUAGAACGAGCAUUGCCACGUUGCGAAGGUCGAAAGACACGGAUGGCAGCGGUAGCUCGAGCAACGGUCAGGGGAUGGAUUCUAUGAACCGCGCUGGGGAACAAGAAAAGCACAUUGCACAAUGUUUGUUACUCCUGGGAAACAUCCUGCUUGGACAAUCUCGUUACAAGGAGGCGGCGACGAUCCUGACAGAAGGGAGGGCAGCGUUCGAGGCCAUCUCAGAUCGUCUCGGUGCCGCACAAUGCGUGCAGAGUGUCGGCGACAUGCUUCGCAUGCAGUGUCGGUACGAGGAGGCAGCCGCUCUGCUGACGGAAGCGAGGGCAGCGUUGGAGACCAUCCCACAUCGUUUCGGUGCCGCGGAAUGUGUGCGAGGUCUCGGCGACAUCCUUCGCAUGCAGUGUCGAUACGAGGAAGCAGCCGCUGUGCUGACGGAAGCAAGGGCAGCGUUUGAGGCCAUCCCAGAUCCUGUCGGUGCGGCCCAAUGCCUGUUGGCUCUUGCCGACAUCCUUUACGUGCAGUGUCGGUACGAGGAAGCAGCCGCUUUACUCACGAAAGCGAGGGGAGCGUUUGAGGCCAUCCCAUAUCGUCUUGGCGCUGCGCAAUGUGCGCAGCUUCUCGGCGAGACCAUGCGCAUGCAGUCCCAGUAUGAAGAGGCAGCCGCCCUGUUCACGGAAGGCAAGGCAGAGUUUAACGCUAUAGCAGGGCGUCUCGGUGCUGCCGCAUGUUCUCAGUACACUGAAGCAUUGAGUAUGCUGCGAGAAGCUGAGCAGGCAGUCCCUGGCACGUCUUUUCGUCAAGCAGGACCAGAUACCCGAGGCUAG